AUGGAAGUAUCUGGAAGAAGACACAGUAGGGAUACAGGUGAGAUCCUGUGUCAGCCGUGUCAUGGGGAAGGUGACGAACUUCCUGCUGAGGGUUACUGUGAGAAUUGCAAUGAAUACUUCUGUUCAUCAUGUCUGAAGGUUCAUCGUAAAAUGGCGGUCACAAAAAAUCACGUGAUCAAAUCGAAAGUGGAAAUGCCGAAUGCCAAUGUUCAGUCAGAUCCUUGCGUAGAGACCUGCGAUAUCCACAAGACUGAGAUAAUGAAAUACUAUUGUCAUAAACAUGAUUUGGUUGGUUGUGGUGAUUGUAUGGUUAUAGAUCAUAAAGCCUGCAAAGUUGAGCUGGUUUCUGGUGUAUCCAAUAACUAUGGUAACAGCGGAGAAAUUGAAAUGAUCAAAGAAAAGAUAGACGAAAUAGAGAGAAGAAUCAAUUCUAUCAAGCAAGAAAUGAAAGGAAAUUUGAAAACUGCAGCUGACAUGAAGGCCAAAAUCGUAGACGAAAUCAAACUCUUCCGGAAAGAUCUAAAUACUUACCUGGACCAGGCAGAAGCAGAACUUUUAAGCGAGGUUGAAAAACUACAUGCCAAAGAUGUCGUUGCACAAAAAGAAGGGUUAAAAGAAUGUGACUCAAUGAAAACUGUAAUAAAACAAUUCCAGCAGACAAUAGACCAACAUGAAGAUAGGGCAAACCAGCUCUUCGUGACAGUCAAACUUGCAAAGAAAAGACUGGUAACUUUCCAAGAAUCAGUCAAACGUAUAUCGUCUGUGAAAAGUAUAAGCCGGUGUACAUUUGAACCAUCUAAAGACAUACAGGCUCUAAAAGUAUCCCAGUCUCCUAUCGGAUACAUUUCAGUAGUAACCGAGAUAUGCGCUGACCUAAAAAAGAAAACAAUAGUAGAUAUGAAGGCAGAAUUUGCGCGGGAAUUGAAUGUUCAAGCUGAAAAUGAGCGUACAUGUCAAAUAACAGGCAUGACUAUGAUUUCAAGUGAUGAAAUUCUGCUUGCAGAUCACAGUAACAAGUCACUGAAAGUCAUUAACAUAAGGGAAAACAGGAUCGCUUCAAGGUACAGCUGUUCUGAUAGACCGUGGGAUGUUACCAUGAUCAACACCGAUAAAAGUGCAGCGACUCUACCAGUGCCUGGGAAGAUCCUUGUUAUGAAUACAAGCGGAGGUCUGUCUAAAAGUCACACUAUUACAGUAAAACAAUGGUGUAGGGGCAUUGAUCAUCACAAUGGUAAAAUCGCAGUAUCAUUUACAUCGAUUACUGUAGCUGUAGAGGUUUUGAAUAUGGAAGGGGAAAUUCUACAUCAUUCAGAUUUUCCAGGUAAUACGAGUGAUUUUCCACAUUAUUUAGGUUAUAGCAAUGAUGGUAAAAGCAUAUUUGUGUCAGAUGAUUCAAAAAACAUAGUACUGGAACUUUCUGCCGACGGACAACUAAAGACUAAAAUAUCUGAAAAUCUAAAAGGGCCAAGUGGACUGGUAGUGACAAAGGAUGGAACGAUUGUUGUUCGUCAUCAAGACGAUAAUGACAAGUUGGCUUUGCUAGUUCCAGAUACAAGGAAACUGCAGUCUCUCUUCGUUAAGAAUUUGAAAGACCCAGGAGCUGUUCUUAUUUGUGAAGAAAGUAGUAAAAUGUACAUAAGUGAGGGUCUUAAUAUGCACAUCAAAGUAUUUGAUCUGAAGUAG